GUCUCUCUCUCUCCUUUCUCUGUCUGCUGCUGAGGAGGAAUCCCACUCUCCACACUCCCCUCUUUGCUUUUUCACUCUGGCGGUUUGGGAGAGAGACAGACACCAAUGUUUCAAGAAAAGCCAUUUUCAAACUAAAGCCAAUUCCACCACUCCCCCAGAGCUAAAGACUUGAUUUUGAAAGCUCUCUCUCCCACUGAUAUGCUAAUAUCCACAACCUCAGAACAGGGCCAAGAACAUCACCGACCCCCCUUACUUUAUUCUUUCCUUCUUGCUCAAUCUUGAGAUUGAAUUUUGUGAGUGAAAUUCUACAAAAUUAUGGAACCUUCGGUUCUUGAUGGUGUAAUCAACCGAUUGCUCGAAGUUCGGGGCCGACCAGGGAAGCAAGUGCAGCUUUCGGAGUCUCUGAUCAGACAGCUUUGUCUACAAUCCAGAGAAAUCUUCUUGCAACAGCCAAAUCUCUUAGACCUUGAGGCUCCCAUCAAGAUCUGCGGUGAUAUUCAUGGUCAAUAUUCUGAUCUUCUGAGGCUUUUUGAGUAUGGAGGGCUACCUCCUCAAUCCAAUUAUUUAUUCUUGGGGGAUUAUGUGGAUCGUGGGAAGCACAGCCUCGAAACAAUAUGCCUUCUCCUUGCAUACAAGAUAAAAUAUCCUGAAAAUUUUUUCCUUUUGAGGGGCAACCACGAAUGUGCAUCUGUAAACCGUAUAUAUGGAUUUUAUGAUGAGUGCAAGCGAAGAUUCAAUGUCAGACUAUGGAGAGUCUUCACAGAUUGUUUUAAUUGCCUACCUGUGGCAGCUCUCAUUGGUCAAAAGAUACUCUGUAUGCACGGGGGACUUUCUCCUGACCUCCAUGAUUUGGACCAAAUCAGGAAUUUACAGCGUCCGAUUGAUGUUCCAGAAACUGGUUUACUAUGUGAUCUACUCUGGUCAGAUCCGAGUAAAGAUGUUAAAGCGUGGGGGAUAAAUGAUAGGGGAGUUUCCUAUACCUUUGGCCCUGACAAGUUGGCAGAGUUUCUUCAGAAGCAUGAUCUUGACCUUGUUUGUCGUGCCCACCAGGUUGUUGAAGACGGAUAUGAGUUCUUUGCUGAUAGACAACUUGUAACUAUAUUUUCGGCUCCUAAUUACUGUGGAGAGUUUGAUAAUGCUGGUGCGAUGUUGAGUGUGGAUGAAACUUUGAUGUGUUCAUUUCAAAUAUUAAAGCCUGCCGAGAAGAAACCAAGGUUUGGCUUUGGAAGCACUACUACAGAUAAGUCAGGAACGCCUCCAACAAAGACCAAGUCAUUCCUUGGUGCAAAAGUAUGACAAAUUAGUUCGUUUGGUCGAGAUAUACGGAGAAAGAUGUCUUUUAUCAUUGCACUUGGGGCAAACAUAUUGUAAGUCAAUUCAGUACAAGGGAAGUUAAAAUAGCGGGGGGGCCUUUUCAGCAAUGUAAUCAUGUGUAUGAUUUCCUUCCUCUGAUAUAAGAGUGGAAGGCUGUAAUUUUUUCCUUGUUUUUUCCCCUUCAUGUGCAUUACUAGUUACUACUUCAAGGAAUUUGGGAUUGCUCCUCUCUUGAUGUUCUUUUUUUCUUUUCUUUUUUGUGUGUGUAUUACUGCUCUCUUGAUGUUAUAACCAGAAAUGAACAUUAUCCAAGGCGAGCUUGGAACAUACUUUGAAACUUAGUUAUCCUGCUUGAGUUUUA